UUUGUAUUCCUUCAUAUCGGAGAGAAAUGGCGGCGUGGAGUAACAUUUUGCGCACUGCGAGUCAAAAAUUGCUGCAAAACAGCAGUUUUAGAACGGCAUUGGUGAAGAACGGACAAAUAAGAUGUAUGUCCGCAGAACGCACAUUGGCCAUUCAGCCGAGUCGUUUCCAAUGGCACAAAACAAAAGAUUAUCUUCACUUUUAUGUUUUACUCGGUGCUAUACCUGUUGGCAUUGCAAUCACUUUAGUUAACGUGUUUAUUGGUCCUGCUACACUGGAGGAAAUCCCUGAAGAUUAUGUUCCAAAAGAAUGGGAGUAUCUUCAGCAUCCCAUUAAAAGAUUCCUGCAACGCUACUUUUUUCCAUCGCAGCAACAAGAAUAUGAAAAAUAUCUGCAUUACAUAUACCAUGAGAACCAGGUUAGAAAAGUUAGGCAACUUGAACAACAAGUGAAUAACGCGAUGGGUGAAAAUCGUGAUUACAGAGCUCAAUACUUUAAAGAAUUCUAUGCCUCUAAAUAUCUGUACUCAUACAGAGCAUCUAUAGAUAAAACGGUUAAUGUGCGUGAGUAAAAUUUAUUUUGCUCGUAAUGACUAUUUCUGAUUGGAAAGUAUCGAGGGAGCUAAAAACAGGUAUAUAUACAUAUAUAUAUAAAUAUGUAGAAAUUGCAUAUUCUAGGAUUUACUCAAUUGAUGCUGCAGAGUGUAUGUUUGUAAUGUCAAACCUCUGCCAUAAAUAUAUCGCAUUGUACAAAUAUAGUUAACAAAAUAAAGUGUUAAUUAAAAACUUC